UAGUAUGGGAGUGUAUGGUUUGGUUAUGCCAAAUUUAAAUCAAGACUUUGUUAUUAAUUAAAACUAGUAUUUUAUGCUGUUUUACUGUGACCUUAGUAUUUUAUUAAACUGGUGAAGAAAUGAACAUCAAUAAUGGCUGUCGUAAUGGAGAUCUCCGGGAGGUUUGCUCCAGUGCUAUGGAAGCAACAGGUUACAAAGUGUUCAACGACAGUGUGCAUGGUCACAUCACUCUACACCCACUGCUGGUGCGAGUGGUUGACACUCCGCAGUUCCAGCGUCUACGCAACAUCAAACAGCUGGGACCUGCCAACUAUGUGUUCCCCGGUGCUAGUAAUUGCCGCUACGAACAUUCACUUGGCACCUGCUACCUAGCUGGUCAGAUGGUGGAGAAGUUGCUGGAGAGAGAGCACAGGAGUAGGACAGCAGAGGAGAGACAAAGGUUGACACUGUGUGUUCAGUUGGCUGCCUUGUGUCAUGACCUGGGCCAUGGACCGUUCUCUCACACGUGGGAACAAGUCACCCAACGGUGGGGCGACCCCUGGAAGCAUGAAGAAGCCUCAGUGGCGAUGUUUGAUUCACUGGUAGAAUCAAAUGAUCUGGUUGGGAUAUUUUCUGAUCAUGGCCUCAAACAGCUUGAACGAAGAAUCAUCAAGGAGUUGAUCAUGGGGGGUCCCCCAGAUGGUAAUCCUCCUCUUCUUGGACCUGAGGACAACUUUUUGUAUCAAAUAGUGUCUAACAGAGAGACGGGAAUCGAUGUGGACAAGUGGGACUACUUUUUGAGAGACGGACUUCAUCUCAAUCUUAGCAUCACCUUCAACUACCGUAGGCUGCUGGAGUUCUGCACUGUUGUGACACUUCCCAGCGAUGGUAGAACACACAUUGCGUUCAGAGAUAAAGAGAUAAUGAACCUAUACGACAUGUUCCGAACACGCUCGGCCCUCCAUCACACUGCGUACAAACACCGGGUAGUUCUCAACGUUGAACUCAUGACUGUCGAUGGAUUUGUUGCAGCUGGUGAAGCAGGCUACAAGAUCAACAAUUCAGAAAUACUCCUGAAGGAUGCGCACAAAAGGCCAGAGUCUUUAUGUGAAAUGACUGAUCACCUUUUCUUUGACAUUCUCUACACCAGAGAUCCAAAGUUGAGUUCAGCUCAAACAACUUUUAAAAGGAUUUUUCAGAGAAAACUCUACAAAUUUGUUGAGAAAAUCAACAUUCAAAUUCAAGGUGGAACUGUGAAAGAGAGACAGAGUUGUGUCAAAGAAAAGAAAGCCGAAUUAAUCAAGAAACUAGCAGAUAGUUGUCCUAAUUAUGAAUUUGGAAUUGGCGAGUUUUACCUGGACUUAGACUGCCACAAUGAUCCUGUGUCCAAAGUACACUUUUACACAAAACUGAGGGACUCCAAUGCGAUUAAAAUAGAAGCCUACCAGAAAAUCAGGGAUUUGUUAGAUCCGUUCCCAUUUCAACUGACCAGAGAACCCACAGCUGUGCUGUCAGUGUUCUGUAAGACAGAAAACGUCACUGACGAAGACCUCGCAGACGCCAAGACAAUGAUACUAAGUGUAGGCCUAUCCACCAACACACAACCUUAGUUACCAAUGCAGGUGGUACAACCUCAAAGAAUUUUAUUUAUUUAAUAAAAAUAAGUAAACAUAUUUUAGAAAUAUAUUUAAUUUGUUAAUACAUGGUGAUAGUAGUUAUUUAUUUUAUGUGGUAUUUUUGUAGUAAUUGCUUGUUUUGUAACUUCCUAGUCCUAUUGAAUUACUCCUACUACUCGAACACUGUUUUCGGAAUGUUUUAUUUUUAGGCCCUAUAAAGUUAAAACUGAUCUAGCUGCUCAUAAAAUGAGAAAUGUAGGUUGAUUUUAAAUGUGCUUAUUACCUAUAGAGAUGUUUAUUUAUAUGUGCUUGGAGAUCUAAUUAUUUAGAAUGCAAACAAAAUAUUUAUCAUACCUACUAUUUUUUUAUGAUUAAAUUGUGACUUUAAACAAUUUUGUAGGUCCAAAAAUGUGUGGUUUUGGAUUUUUUUUUAGAAAAAGAUAAUUUUAGCUUAAUUUAUUAGUUGAAAAGUAUCUUUUGGAAUUCGUAAUCAUUGAAAAUCAUUGUUUUUAUAUGGCAAGUCCAAAAAUAUAUUUUGGUAAUUACAGGUUAAUAUACGUAUUAAGAUCUGACAAGAUGUGAUUUAGAAUUGAAUCCAACCUUGGUGUAUUUUUAGUUCUCAAAGUAUAUUUUUAGUGUGUGCUCUUAAGGAGCAUUAUUUAUUGAACACAUUUAACUAUGUGAGACACAUAUUUAUAAAUUAAACUAAUUAGCAUAAUUAGUAAUGAUAUUUUUUUACCAAUUAGUAGUGUGAUAUCUAGUUGAGAGUACCAAAUAUAGAUAUUCUAGUACAUGUUUGAAUAUUGUGAUUGUUGCUUUAACCAUUUUUGGUUUAUGUUAGUGUUUUGUUUCUGUUUGAUAUCUUGCAAGUAGCAUGAAUGUUAAAUUUGUAUUUAUCCAUUGCAUUGGGUUACUAGUUAUAGAUGGUUUGCAAUCAUUUUGUUUGGAUAAAACAAUGAGUUGAGCCAUUACUAUAUACAAGAAUGACCUGCACUGAUAAUCUUAUUAAGGACAAAGAGCAUUGUCAGGUUGCGGUGUAACUCAUUUAAAGAAAACUAAAACUUGAGUUCAGGGCCGAGUGCCAGUUGCCUAAAAACUUUGUCAAGGGUCAUUUUACAGCCUGAGGCAUGGCAGUGCGAGUGCCAGCCAAGUAGCAGUGACCAGUUCCAUGGUGCCGGUAUGGGGGUGGAAAGAUCGACCAGGGGGGAUGAGCAAAAUUUGUUAUAGGGGUUAAAUGAAACUGUUAUAACCUAAUCUAACCGAACCAAACUACCUGAUCAUGAAAAAAUUGAAUAAAUGUUUACUAAUCGAAUCAAUAUUUUUUAUCGAUAUUAGGGUAGCCGAGUUAAGAAACUGUACCCGAUCUCCAUUACAUCCUGCCCACUACACCCCACUUCCCCUGAAUCACUCUUACGCUCUGGGGAGUCAAACGGCACUCUGGCCUACCUGACGGUUAUGACAGUAAAUGCAAGGCGAAAAAUAGGACGGCACUAGCUCGGCUUCCCAUGUAACUUAAAUAAAGAAACUGCCCCACCCAAGACUAGUAAAAGAAAACUUGGUAGAUUAUAGCAUUCGACCUUUGUGAGAAAAUAUAGGAAAGUCUGUUACAUUAUAUAUUUUUAACCCUUUCCAUUUAAAAAUUUAAAUAUAAAUACUGUAAAAUGGUCACAAAUAAAAUAAUAAUAUUGCAUAUAUAUAUUUUGUUCUUCCUGAUGUUAAAAAUGUAAUUUAUUUUAAUUCUGUCAACAUACUUAAUCAACUGUACUUAAAUACCAGUAACCUGCUCUCAAGCAUUUACUUAAUAAAAGAUAAAAGAGUGAUUUGACUAUUCUUGAUUUUUUUUCAUUUGCAAACUGUGGAUAUUUUUAUUUAAUAUGUUCACAAUGUCACAACAAAAUCAAUAAAUAAAAAAAAUUAUCUUAAGUAAGAAGUGGAUCCUAUUAUAAAAUGAUGUAUAGAACAUGAUACACUCUGAAUUUGUAUACCAACUUUGAAUGUUUGACAAAUUGUAUACAUUUAAUAUUUGUUAAAGAUAGUUUUAGAAAUUUUUAUUUUUAGUUUCUCCUCUAUACAUAGUAAGAAUAUGGGGAAAGUAUUGUUUUUGACAAAAUGUUUGAGUUUUGAAUGGUCUUAAAAAGUGGUUUUUGAAGUGAUGUCUGUGUGUGGAUGUGUAUAGAGCUACAGACCACACCUGUGGUCCGAUUUUGACAAAAUUUGGUAUGUGGGUAUAUACCAUCCAUAGUAUCUCCUUGUCUUUUAUUAAUUUGUUUAAAUUUUGAUUUUUAAUAGGGUUUCUACUAUAAAAUUGAUAAACGAAUUUGUUUUUAGAUAUUGUUAUUGUUUCCAGUUGUUUAUUAAUUUAGAUUUUUGUUUGCAAGUCCUUAUUAAACUUAGCAUACUGCCAAAAAAUUGUGUAAUUUGAUUUUAGCCUUCACUACAGGGUGUCCCUGAACUUUCUACUGACCAUUUCAGGUAUUAUCCAAGACCAAAAACGAACUAAAAUAUCUCGUUGAAAAUAUCAAACACUCGUUUUGUACAGCUGUCGUUUUGUUUUUCUCGGUUGUACUGAUUUGAAAUUUGGACAAC